AUGUCUCAGACGCUUCCCAAGAUAGUCACCCGUGCCUUGGGCAAGAAUGGACCUCAAGUGCCUCGCCUCGGCCUCGGCCUCAUGGGACUGAGCGGACACUACGGCCUGCCAGCCCCGGACGAGGAGCGCCUGGCCUUCUUGGACAAGGCGUAUGAAAUGGGUGAGACAUUUUGGGACACCGCCGACAUGUAUGGCGACUGCGAAGACCUGUUGGGAAAAUGGUUCGCGGCCAACCCGGGAAAGCGAGACAAUAUCUUUCUUUCGACCAAAUUCGGCUUGCGGACAGAAGGCAGAAACAUCAAAGUGAACUCGUCUCCGGAGUAUUGUCGAGAGGCCAUCGAAAAGUCUCUCAAACGACUCGGGCUGCCAUCUGUCAACCUGUUCUACGUUCAUCACCUCGACAAAGUCACCCCGAUCGAAAAGACCAUGGAGGCCAUGGUCGAGCUCAAGAAUGAGGGAAAGAUCCAGCAUAUUGGUCUGAGCGAAUGUAGUGCCGACUCCCUCAGGCGUGCUUCCGCGAUUCACCCCAUUGCCUGUGUCCAGAUGGAAUACAAUCCCUUUACCUUGGAGAUUGAGUCGCCUCAGCGCCGCUUCCUCGAGACUGCGCGAGAACUCGGAAUCGCCGUGGUCGCAUACAGCCCACUUGGACGUGGCCUUCUCACGGGAGCCAUCCGGUCGAAAGAGGACAUCACCAAGGCCGGAGACAUGCGCACUAUGCUUCCUCGCUUUAGCGGCGAGAAUCUGGACAAGAAUGUCGCGACCGUUGCAAAGAUCAACGAAAUCGCAGAGAAGAAGGGCGUCACUCCCUCCCAGUUGACACUGGCUUGGGUCCUUGCGCAGGGUGACGACAUUUUCGCCAUUCCCGGCACGACAAAGGCAGAGAGGCUGAGGGAAAACCUUGCGGCAAUGAGCAUCAGCUUGAGCGCCGAGGAGGAGCAAGCCAUUCGGAAUGUGGCAACGGAAGUGGCAGGCCUUCGUAUUCCAGAGGACGUCCCCGGCGUGAACCUGUUCGGAGACACCCCGCCGCUGGAGUCGUGA